AUGUCGUCUUCCCAAUCGAGAAGCGGCGGCGAGCGCAUGAUUCACCAGGACUACAUUGCGAGGAUACGAUACUCCAAUGCGCUGCCUCCACCACCAAAUCCACCGAAGCUGCUGGACAUCCCCAACACAGGGCUGUCAAGCGGCCAGUACACUGCACCCGGUUUCGCUUCCCGCCUUGCGCGAGAGCAGCCAUUGAACAUUGAGGCCGAUGCCGAACUCGGAAUGCCAUUGGACUUGGUUGGCAUGCCGGGCGUCUUUGAUGGGGACGAGAGCUCCAUUCAGGCGCCUGCUCAGGCUCCGCCAGUCCAUCCCCACGACCGCCUUCUCCUUCGACCGCUCUCGACACUCGGUAAGCCCAAGAUCGGUGACACAGCCGUGUCCUUCCUUCGACGAACCGAGUACAUCUCCUCUGUGCAGACCAAGCCGAAACCUGCGGACCACCUCUUCCACAAGCCUUCUGGCAACGCCCUCAAACGCCCAGAGAAGCGCAAGGCGUCCCCCGAGCCAGACAAGGGCACACCCGCCUGGAUUAGGCGGCGCAUCGAGAAGAGCUUCGAAGUGGCGGCUGCCAACUUGGCCGACCGGACACGCGUGAAGCACCCGUCGAAGCGAAACCUCAAGGUUGUUGACGCCUUCCCAAUCCUUCCCGAUUUGGAAGCCUUCCCCGACUCGGGAGCAUACGUGACAGUAAAGUUCAGCACAAACCCCGUCAACGCCAGCGACUCGUACGACACCCGCCUGCUCUCGGGCAUUUUCAAGCCCAUCGAGCGCACGGCUGCCGAGGAGCAGGCGUACGAUGCGGCCCGCGUGGCAUGGGAGCGCGACCCGAGCCAGCCGAAACCAUCGCAGAUGAUGAACUACGACUUCUUCCUGCCCGCCGAUACACUGACCGGCGAGAACUUCCGCGCCAAGUUUGACGUAGACAACCCGGACCGCAACAGCCGCUUGCUCUACACGAGCAGCGAAUCAGGCGGCAGCUUCCGUUUCCCUCGCGUGCGCGCCUACGAAACGGCGCAAGAGAAGGAGAUGAACCACGACAACAAGUAUGACGAGGAAGUCAUCCUGGCCUUCCGCGACGACGAGACGGAGAGCAAAGGCCGCGACGACGACAGCGCCCAAAAGGCGGUCUACUAUUACCCCGUCAUGCAGCGCACCACCAUCCGCAGCCAGCGGACCAAGAACAUUGCGCGCACCAUCGGCAUCGCCGACGAGGAGGAGACGCACCUCGACGAGCUGCACGUGCAGAUUGACGAGCCGAGCGAGGAGCUCAAGAUGGAGCUGGCGCGGUACAAGCAUCAGCCUGUGGGGGAUUUGCCGGACGAAGAGGAAGAGGACGAGGAGGAGUAUGCGGGAAGGGAGGAGGGACGCCGGGGCUCGAAUAGUGACCGGGCCUCUGCUAGUCCAGCGCCGAACGGGAGCCGGAGUCAGAAUACAAGGCAAUCGGACGAGGAGCAGGAUGCCGAGGGCGACGAGGAUCAGUAG